CACGUGGCUAUUUAAGGCGGGAGGAAGCGCAGGCUGCUCAGUUCCUUUGCGACCGCUGUGGAAAUCACUUGGUUUCUACGGCUCCUUCGCGACUGAAUCCUUGGAAAAAAGAAAAAAGAAAAAAAAAUCUUAGUUUUGAUUCACUGGCUUUGAUAUUGGACUGUUUGACUAUUCUACUACUACUACUAUCGUUUUGACCCGGACUGAAAUUACCUUGGCCUUCUUGUUCCACUGUUUGGCGAAAGAUCGGACUGAUUUCUGGCUUUUGACUUCGGCUUGUGAGUACCAUGGAAUCCCCUGUAGGAAAACGUAAUUUUAAACGCUGCACAGAGUGCAAAGCUAAAUUGCCCUCACAGGAUCAUCACAAUUUAUGUCUCUUGUGCCUUGGCGAGGCCCACAAGACUGCAGCGUGCAAAAUCUGCCUAUCAUUUUCGAAGCAAACUCGGAGAAAUCGUGAGUUGCGUUUGAGGGCUGCUCUAUAUGAUGAUGUCCUAUCGGGGCCCUCUUCAAAAUCUCCUCAGCCGCAUAGCUCGAAGGACCUGGGUCCGGCCCAGUCUAAAACUUCGAAGCUUCAUCCCAAGAAAUCCCCUAAGUCCUUGAAAAGGCCGGGAGAAAAGAUGGUGUCCGCAACUGCUCCCGCCAAAAAAUCACGGCACCGAGCUUUGUCGGAAUCGACACCGUCGCCGACCGCAGCGCAAGAGGUUGUGUUCGUCUCGGAAUUGACGAGUACAGCGCCGAAAAAAUCUACGCCACAACCUUCGCCACCUACAGAAUCGACUUCGAUAUCGAGGUCUCUGGCUGAACCCCUGUCGAUAUCGAAGCCUGCUGCUAGCUCGACAUCGGCACCGCCUUCCAUACCGACUACUGCUGAGCCACGGUCGACAUCGAGACCGGCUGCUAGUUCGACAUCGACACCACCGUCCAUGCCAACAGUUACUGAGACACAGUCGACAUCGAGACCUGCUGCUACCUCGACGUCGACGCAACCGUCCGUACCGGUUACGUUAGAUCCAGUUGCCCAAUGUCCUUCGACAUCGACUCCAAACAUCUCGAUGCCGAUGGAAGAAUUCGCUCCGCCUUCUCAAGCUGCAAGUGUUUCGAUACCGACUACAAGAGACCUACAACCGGCGCCGACACCGAUUCGCUCGCCGUCGAUAUCGAGAGAAGAAAUUCAAACUUCAGCACUGAAUACCCCGGUGAAUGUCACAACCGUGACUCCACGGUUUUGAGCACCCAUGACUUUUACUAUGUUAGAGACGGCAGAGGUUGAUGCUCCACAAUUAGACCCACUGAUUAAAAUGCUGGACUCUACUGCUACCACUCCCGCUACUUAUCAGGGAAAUACAACCUUCAAAGUUGGGACCACGGUACUAACAGCUGGGCAACUUGCCUCGCCAACUCCAUGGCACACUUGUGGAUUCAGCCAUCAAGUAUCGCCCUCAACAGAAUCGGC